CCCCGCUGCGCCCCAGACCCGGGUCUCCGAGCCCCGCAGCCCCUGGCCGCCGUGCCGCGCCUCGCCGGGCGCGAAGGACUGAAGUUCUUGCAGAAGGGAGCGCGACUCGGCAAGGUGAACUAUGACCACUUCACUCUUGGUGUUGUUGACUCUGAGGGUCAUCGCCGCAGCCGUUUCCAUACACGUGGAAGGCUCUGACAACUCGCUAAGUGUCAGCAUUCCUGAACCAUCCCCCCUGAGGGUCCUUCUGGGGAGCACCCUCACCAUCCCCUGCUACUUCAUCGACCCCAUGCACCCCGUGACCACCGCCCCCUCCACUGAGCCCCUCGCUCCGAGAAUCAAGUGGAGUCGUGUGUCCAAGGAGAAGGAGGUAGUGCUUCUGGUGGCCACGGAGGGACAGGUUCGGGUCAACAGUGCGUACCAGGACAAGGUGUCACUGCCCAACUACCCAGCCAUCCCCAGCGACGCCACCUUGGAGCUCCAGAACCUGCGCUCCAAUGACUCUGGGGUCUACCGCUGUGAGGUCAUGCACGGCAUCGAGGACAGCCAGGCCACCCUGGAGGUCGUGGUGAAAGGCAUUGUGUUCCAUUACAGAGCCAUCUCUACACGCUACACCCUGGACUUUGACAAGGCACAGCGGGCCUGCCUGCAGAACAGCGCCAUCAUCGCCACCCCUGAGCAGCUACAGGCCGCCUACGAGGAUGGCUUCCACCAGUGUGACGCCGGCUGGCUGGCCGAUCAGACCGUCAGGUACCCCAUCCACACCCCUCGGGAAGGCUGCUAUGGGGACAAGGACGAGUUUCCAGGCGUGAGAACCUAUGGCAUCCGUGACACCAAUGAAACUUACGAUGUGUACUGCUUUGCUGAGGAGAUGGAGGGUGAGGUCUUUUAUGCCACAUCUCCAGAGAAGUUCACCUUCCAGGAGGCAGUCAGCGAGUGCCGGCGGCUGGGCGCACGACUGGCCACCACGGGCCAACUCUACCUGGCCUGGCAGGGUGGCAUGGACAUGUGCAGUGCCGGCUGGCUGGCCGACCGCAGCGUGCGCUACCCCAUCUCCCAGGCCCGGCCCAACUGCGGGGGCAACCUGCUGGGCGUAAGGACCGUCUACCUGCAUGCCAACCAGACCGGCUACCCAGACCCCUCAUCCCGCUAUGACGCCAUCUGCUACACAGGUGAAGACUUCGUGGACAUCCCAGAAGACUUCUUCGGGGUAGGAGGAGAAGAGGACAUCACCAUCCAGACCGUGACCUGGCCAGACGUGGAGCUGCCCCUGCCCCGAAACAUCACCGAGGGCGAAGCCCGGGGCAAUGUGAUCCUCACGGCAAAGCCCUUCUUUGGGGCCAGUACCACUGUCUCAGAGCCGGAAGAGCCCUUCACUUUUGUCCCUGAGACGGGGGCCACUGGUGUCCCCGAGGCCGAGAAUGAGACUGGAGAGUCCACUGGGCCCUGGGACUCUAUACCCAGCUCCAGCACCACCUUCACCAGUGAAGACCUGGUGGUACAGGUGACUGUAGCCCCAGGCGCAGCGGGGGUCCCUGGGCAGCCGAGCCUUCCAGGGGGGGUUGUGUUCCACUACCGACCUGGCUCCACCCGCUACUCGCUGACCUUCCAGGAGGCACAACAGGCCUGCCAACAGGCAGGGGCAGACAUGGCCUCCCCUGAGCAGCUGCAGGCUGCCUACGAAGCUGGCUAUGAGCAGUGUGACGCCGGCUGGCUUCGGGACCAGACCGUCAGAUACCCCAUUGUGAGUCCGAGAACCCCAUGUGUGGGUGACAAGGACAGCAGCCCAGGAGUCAGGACAUAUGGCGUGCGCCCACCUUCAGAAACCUACGAUGUCUACUGCUAUGUGGACAAGCUGGCAGGGGAAGUGUUCUUCGCCACACGCCUGGAACAGUUCACCUUCUGGGAAGCCCAGGAGUUCUGCAAGGCCCACAAUGCCACACUGGCCGCCACAGGCCAGCUCUAUGCGGCCUGGAGCCGUGGCCUGGACAGGUGCUACGCCGGCUGGCUGGCAGAUGGCAGCCUCCGCUACCCCAUUGUCACUCCAAGGCCAGCCUGCGGUGGGGACAGGCCUGGAGUGAGAACUGUCUACCUCUACCCCAACCAGACGGGCCUCCCAGACCCACUGUCCCGGCACCAUGCAUUCUGCUUCCGAGCGAUCUCUGCAGUGCCCUCUCCAGGACCGGAAGAGGAUGGCACUCCCACACCACCCACUGACGUGGAGGACCGCAUCGUCACCCAAGUGGUACCUGGUGUAGCCGCUGUCCCCAUGGAGGAGGAGACAACUGCCACCCCAGACUUCACCAUGGAGCCCGGAAACCAGACAGAGUGGGAGCCAGCCCCCACCUUUGCAGGCACAUCACCACUGCCAGGGAUCCCUCCCACGUGGCCUCCCACAGGUGCAGCCACAGAGGAAAUUACAGAAGUUCUUUCUGCCACAGAGGUGUCCAUGGUCUCAGAGGAACCCACCCCCUCAGAGGAGCCAACCAUAGCUUCAACCCCGGUGCCCAGUGAGACACAGCUGCUUGGCUCUGGGGAGGCUUCUGGAGCUCCUGACACCACUGGUGAUGUUACAGGUAGUGGAGAAGCUUCAGGAGGAUUGGAUGUCAGUGGGCUGCCCUCUGGGGGCAGUGGAAUACCCUCAGAAGACCUUGACUCCAGUGGUCUCACGUCUACAGUGGGCUCAGGCCUACCUGUGGAUAGUGGAUUGACCUCAGGGGAUGGAGAGAGGAUUACAUGGUCCAACACUUCCCAAGUGGGCAGACUGCCUUCUGGAGGGCAGGAAUUGGAGGGCUCUGUCUCUGGAGAUGGGGACCUCAGUGGACUUCCUUCUGGAGAAAUCCCAGAAACUUCUGCCUCUGGUGUUGAGGACCUCAGCAGACUUCCUUCUGGAGAAGGUCCAGAACCCUCUGCCUCUGGAGUUGGAGAUCUCAGUGGACUUCCUUCUGGAGAAGGUCCAGAACCCUCUGCCUCUGGAGUUGGAGAUCUCAGUGGACUUCCUUCUGGAGAAGGUCCAGAACCCUCUGCCUCUGGAGUUGAGGACCUCAGUGGACUUCCUUCUGCAGGAGAGGGUCACUUAGAGACCUCUGCCUCUGGAGUUGAGGACCUCAGUGGACUUCCUUCUGCAGGAGAGGGUCACUUAGAGACCUCUGCCUCUGGAGUUGAGGACCUCAGUGGACUUCCUUCUGCAGGAGAGGGUCACUUAGAGACCUCUGCCUCUGGAGUUGAGGACCUCAGUGGACUUCCUUCUGCAGGAGAGGGUCACUUAGAGACCUCUGCCUCUGGAGUUGAGGACCUCAGUGGACUUCCUUCUGCAGGAGAGGGUCACUUAGAGACCUCUGCCUCUGGAGUUGAGGACCUCAGUGGACUUCCUUCUGCAGGAGAGGGUCACUUAGAGACCUCUGCCUCUGGAGUUGAGGACCUCAGUGGACUUCCUUCUGCAGGAGAGGGUCACUUAGAGACCUCUGCCUCUGGAGUUGAGGACCUCAGUGGACUUCCUUCUGAAGAAGGUCCAGAAUCCUCUGCAUCUGGAGUAGGGGAACUUAGUGGACUUCCUUCUGGAAGUGAGGGUCUAGAUACCUCUGUCUCUGGAGUAGCGGAUCUCAGUGGACUUUCUUCUGGAGAAGAGGGUCAUAUAGAGGCCUCUGCAUCUGGAGUAGGGGAACUUAGUGGGUUUCCUUCUGGAAGAAAUGGUCUAGAUAUCUCUGCCUCUGGAAUAGGGAGCACCAGUGGACUUCCUUCUGGAGGAGAGGGGCUAGAGACCUCUGCUUCUGGAGUUGAGGAUCUCAGUGGGUUGUCUUCUGGAAAAGACGACUUGGUAGGGUCUGCUUCUGGAGCCUGGAACAUUGGCAGACCUCCUUCUGGAGUUCUUGGAAGUGGGAAAGCCCCAGAAGCAAGUGGUCUUCCCUCUGGAUUUAGUGGUGAAUAUUCUGGACUGGAUUUUGGAAGUGGCCCAUCCUCUGGUCUGCCUGACUUUAGUGGCCUUCCAUCAGGGUUCCCAACUGUCUCCCUAGUGGACGCCACGUUGGUGGAAGUGGUCACAGCCACAUCUGCCAGUGAACUGGAAGGAAGGGGAACAAUUGGCAUCAGUGGUGCUGGAGAAGUCUCUGGGCUGCCCUCUGGUGAGCUGGAUAUCAGUGGAGUAGCUAGUGGACUCCCUUCAGGAACUGAGCUCAGUGGACAAACAUCUGGGUCUUUUGAUGCCAGUGGAGAAACCUCUGGACUCUUUGGUGUCAGUGGUCAGCCAUCAGGAUUUCCUGACAUCAGUAGCGGGACUUCUGGACUUUUUGAGAUCAGUGGGCAACCCUCAGGGUUUUCUGGGGAAACAUCUGGAGUGACUGAGCUUAGUGGACUGCCUUCUGGACAACCAGAUGCCAGUGGAGAAGCAUCUGGAAUAUUUCUGGGUAGUGGUCAGCUCUUUGGCACACAUGACCUCAGUGGAGAGCCAUCUGGGACCUCUGAUCUCAGCGGGCAACCUUCCGGGUGGCCAGGGUUCAGUGGGACCACCCCUGGAGCUCAUGACCUGGUGUCCAGUACCAUGAGUGGCAGCGGUGAAUCCUCAGGCAUUACAUUUGUGGACACGAGUUUGGUGGAAGUGACCCCAACUCCGUUUAAAGAAGAAGAAGAAGGCUUAGGGUCUGUAGAGCUCAGUGGUCUCCCCUCCGGAGAAGUGGAUCUCUCAGGUAUGUCUGGGGUAUCAGAUAUCAGUGGACAGUCUUCUGGAGCAAUUGACUCCACUGGGUUUCCAUCCCAGCCUCCAGAACUCAGUGGCCUGCCAAGUGGAACUGAGGAGGUCAGUGGAGAACCUUCUGGAGCUGAGUCUGGGAGCAGCCCCGCCUCAGGUGCAUUUGACGGCAGUGGACUCCUGUCGGGUUUCCCCACAGUCUCCCUGAUUGACAGAACUUUAGUGGAAUCUGUGACUCAGGCUCCAACAGCGCAGGAAGCAGGAGAAGGGCCUUCAGGCCUGUUGGAACUCAGUGGGGAUCAUUCUGGAAUCCCAGACAUGUCUGGGGCCCAGUCAGGAUUUGGGGACCUGAGUGGACAGCAGUCAGGGUUGCCAGAGCCCAGCAGAGAGCCAUCAAGCACCCCAUAUUUUAGUGGGGAUUCUUCAGGCACAGUCGAGGGCAGUGGGGGCUCUCCCAUGGUCACAAGCACCAGUGGGGAGGCCUCAGGACUUCUUCCAGAAGUUACUUUGAUCACUUCUGAGCUCUUGGAGGGUGUCACUGAGGCAACUGCUGCACAGGAACUUGGCCAGAGACCUCCUGUGACACACACACCCCGGCUUUUAGAGUCCAGUGGAGAAGCCACUGCCUCUGGGGACAUGAGUGGUAUUGCUCCAGGCUUCUCUGGGUCUGGGGUGGAAGCCUCAUCAUUUCCAGACACCAUUCAUGAAACAUCUGCCUAUCCUACAGCUGGGGUGGGGGCAACUGCCGCCCCUGAGGCCAGCGGAGGAGUUUUGGGGUCUCCUGACUUGAGUGAAGCCACUUCCUCCUUCCAUGAGACCAAUCUGGAGGGAGACUCAGGCCUGGGUGUGAGCAGCAGCCCCCUGGCCAUUCAGGAAGGCCCCAGGGAGGGCUCGGCUGCCCCAGAGGGAAGCGGAGGGUCCCCCACCACCUAUGAUGUGAGCACAGAGGUUUCCGUGCCCGUGGCUUCUGGAGAAAGGACUGAAGCCAGUGGAGACCCAGCUGGUCACACCUCUGGGCUGGAUGUCACCAUGGGAACCCGCACCCCUGAGUCCAAGUGGACCCAGGAGGCCCAGCGGCCUGAAGAGGCGCUUGCAGAAACUGACUCCAGCGCCUGGCACUCAGGAGAAGUACUCCAGACAGCCACCAUGGCCACCUCCCCUACAGAUGCAGCCGCCCCAGCUCCUCCAGAGGGGGCCAGCACCUCAGAGGCAACAUUGACAGACAUUGAUGAGUGCCACUCAAGCCCUUGUCUGAAUGGAGCCACCUGCCUGGAUGCCAUCGACUCUUUCACAUGCUUAUGCCUUCCCAGCUACCGAGGGGACCUGUGUGAGAUCGACCAGGAGCUGUGUGGGGAGGGCUGGACCAAGUUCCAGGGCCACUGCUACCGCCACUUCCCUGAGCGCAAGGCCUGGGUGGAUGCCGAGAGCUGGUGUCGCGAGCAGCAGGCCCAUCUGAGCAGCAUCGUUACCCCAGAAGAGCAGGAGUUCGUCAACAGCAAUGCCCAGGACUACCAGUGGAUCGGCCUCAAUGACCGGACCAUUGAAGGUGACUUCCGCUGGUCAGACGGACACUCCAUGCAAUUUGAGAACUGGCGGCCCAACCAGCCUGACAACUUCUUUGCCACCGGAGAGGACUGUGUAGUGAUGAUCUGGCAUGAGAAGGGCGAGUGGAACGAUGUCCCCUGCAAUUACCACCUGCCUUUCACCUGCAAAAAGGGCACAGUGGCCUGCGGAGAGCCCCCUGUGGUGGAACACGCCAGAACCUUUGGGCCGAGGAAGGAGCGAUAUGAGAUCAAUUCCUUGGUGCGGUACCAGUGCAACCAGGACUUCAUCCAGCGCCAUGUGCCCACCAUCCGCUGCCAGCCCAGCGGCCAGUGGGAGGAGCCUCGGAUCACCUGCACUGACCCCACCGCCUACAAGCGCAGAUUACAGAAGCGGAGCUCCUGGUCCACACGGAGAAGCCAACCCAGCUCAGCCCACUGAGGACCACCACCCACGAUGCUGAGCCCAGCAGCCCUACCAGGUCGACAUCCCGCCGGUGUCCUCUUUUUGUCGCUUUCUGUCCUAUAAGGAAUGUCAUUAAGGAAGGGAAAAAAAAACCCACAUUGUGUAAGCACCCACCCACCCACCCCCAAGUCGCCAAGACAGCGUCAAAUUACACCCUGAAAAUGCCAAAGUGAAGAGUCGUGCUGUACCCCACGGACUGAGUUCAGAGACAUUUCUCCAAUCUCCCGUUGUGCCUUUCCAGGGACCAGUGCAGGGACAGGGGCAGAGGGAGGGGUUAAGUUAAAUAAAGAAGAUUAUUUUUGGUUUCCUGACUU